AUGACGGAGACGGGGAAAGCCGAUUCCUCCGAGACGUCGGCUCCAAGGGCAUCCCUUUCUCCCCGCUACUCCCUGCGCCGACGCUUGAUCGACCCAUCGGAAUCUCUCCGCAUCGUCGGGUACGAGGUUCGGGAGCAGCCGGGGGGGCUCGGGCAAGGGGAGGAUCCCGGGAUGAUGAUAGUUCGGGCCAAGGGGGACUUGGCGGCGCGGACGGCGAUGCAGGCCUUUGUGGGGACGGAGCACGCGACUCUCAACCCGGGAAUGUGCGGCGCGGCGGUGCUGGACAGCGAUUUUGAGCUCUGCGGGUGCGUGGAGGGCGUGGUGCCGACGGCUCCCCCCGAGGCGGAGGUGGAGGCCCACGUUAGGGCCUUGCAGGGCAUGCCUUGCGUGGUGGAGUGGAAGGACUUGGACACGCUCUUGACGGCUACGAUGGGCGACAAGGAUGAUGGUGAUGCUGCGGGCAGUGGCGGCGACGUCGGCAAACAAGACGCGUGAGAUUGUGUUUUGGAUUUUGUUGACGGUGACAGAGAGGAAACGGCGAGCGUACGAGGAUGAAGACGAAUCUGCUGGUGUACAGAGGAGGGGUAGUGAUGACGGGGGCUUGGCUACUGCGUUCCACACAUGUCUAUAUCGCUCGAAUCUUGUGUCCACAGUUGUGUCCUGUUCGUUCAAGCCGGUACCGAGUGCCAACAUAGCAUGCUUUUCGCUCGUGGGAGUGUAGCGACGGCGCUGAAAGUGGAAGCCUAGAUCUGUCUACAAUGGGUUCGAGAGGUGGGGCCUGGUAUGUGAUGGGAUAACAAACACGCGGCCACAUAGACGUGUGCGCCUAUAAAGGCUUUGGUCAGACCAAAAACAUACCAGAUGGUGGCGC